GCUCCGCAGCCGCGUCUCGGAUCCCUACUCCCACCGCCCGCCGCUGGCACUUCCAACCCGCGCCUGGGCCCCCGGGGUUCGGCGGCGGCGCGCGCGAGGGGAAAGGGCCGCCUUGGCGGCGCGCCCCGCCCCGGCCUCUGUGACGUGCGCGCCGGAACCUGGAAUUUCGGCUCCGGGAGCUGGCGGCGGCGGCAGCAGCUGGAGCGGGUCUCCGGCGGCCUGUCGGGGGCGCGGGGCGCAGACAUGAGCGAGUCCAGUGGCAGUGCGCUCCCGCCAGGCAGGCACAGCAGGCAGCCCUUCAUCCACCCAGAGAACCUGUCUUUGGACUCCAGUUGCUUUUCUUCUCCACCUGUGAAUUUCCUUCAAGAAUUGCCAAGCUAUCGGUCCAUUGCACGCAGGAGGACUACCAUUCUUUCCCGAGACAAGCAAAGUGGCACUUUGCUGAAGCCAACAGACUCUUACAGCUCCCAGCUGGAGGGAGGAAUCACCGAAAACCUCAAUGGCCAAUCGAUUCGGAAGUAUGCACUGAACAUCUCUGAGAAGCGGAGGCUAAGGAACAUUCAGGAGACCCAAAUGAAGUAUUUAUCUGAGUGGGACCAGUGGAAACGGUAUAGCAGCAAGUCUUGGAAGAGGUUCAUAGGGAAGGCUCGUGAAAUGACCACCUACUUGGAGCUGUGGCGGAAGGACAUUCGCAGCAUAGAAGGGAAAUUUGGCACUGGGAUUCAGUCCUAUUUCUCCUUCUUGCGGUUUCUGGUGUUGCUGAAUUUGGUGAUAUUUCUGAUCAUCUUUAUGCUGGUUUUGCUCCCAGUCUUGCUCACCAAAUACAACAUCACCAACAGCAUCUUUGUGCUCAUUCCGUCCAAAGACACGGAUGUUCAAUGCACAAUAUAUCCAAUAAGUACCUCUGGACUCAUUUACUUUUAUAGUUAUGUCAUAGACUUGCUCUCCGGUACUGGUUUCUUAGAGGAGACCUGCCUCUUUUAUGGACAUUACACCAUUGAUGGAGUGAAAUUUCAGAACUUCACCUAUGAUCUGCCCCUGGCUUAUUUGUUAAGCACAAUUGCCUACCUGGCCCUGAGCCUUCUUUGGAUAGUGAAAAGGUCAGUGGAAGGGUUCAAAAUCAACCUGAUCCGGAGUGAGGAGCACUUCCAGAGUUACUGCAACAAGAUCUUUGCGGGCUGGGACUUCUGUAUCACCAACCGCAGCAUGGCGGACCUGAAGCACAGCAGCCUACGGUAUGAGCUCCGGGCAGAUCUGGAGGAAGAAAGAAUACGACAGAAGAUAGCAGAAAGGACGUCAGAAGAGACGAUACGGAUUUACUCUCUGAGACUGUUUUUGAACUGUAUUGUUCUAGCCGUUUUAGCUGCAUGCUUUUACGCAAUCUAUAGAGCGACAAUAUUCUCACAAGAGCACAUGAAAAAAGAAAUUGACAAGAUGGUUUUUGGAGAGAACCUUUUGAUAUUGUACCUGCCUUCUAUUGUGAUCACGCUGGCCAAUUUCAUCACCCCAAUGAUCUUUGCCAAGAUCAUCCACUACGAGGAUUAUUCCCCAGGCUUUGAGAUCCGGCUGACAAUUCUUAGGUGCGUCUUUAUGCGGCUGGCUACCAUCUGUGUGCUGGUGUUCACCCUGGGCUCCAAGAUUACAUCCUGUGAUAACUACUCCUGUGAGCUCUGUGGCUACAACCAGAAACUCUACCCGUGCUGGGAGACCCAAGUUGGGCAGGAAAUGUACAAGCUGAUGAUCUUUGACCUCAUCAUCAUCUUGGCCGUGACGCUUUUUGUGGAUUUCCCUAGAAAGCUCCUGGUGACCUACUGUUCCUCUUGGAAGCUGAUUCAAUGCUGGGGACAGCAGGAAUUUGCCAUUCCUGAUAACGUCCUGGGGAUCGUCUAUGGGCAAACCAUUUGCUGGAUUGGAGCCUUUUUCUCACCUCUUCUCCCUGCAAUUGCAACCUUGAAAUUCAUUAUCAUCUUUUAUGUGAAAGAGAUGAGUCUUCUUUAUACCUGCAGACCCUCCCCCAGGCAGUUCAGAGCAUCCAAUUCUAAUUUCUUCUUCCUGUUGGUGUUGUUGAUUGGGCUGUGUUUGGCCAUAAUACCUCUGACAAUCAGCAUGGCACGCAUCCCUUCCUCGAAAGCCUGUGGGCCGUUCACCAACUUCAACACCACCUGGGAGGUGGUCCCCAAGACAGUUAGCACCUUUCCCAGUUCCCUGCAGUCCCUGGUCUAUGGCAUCACGUCAGAAGCCUUCGCAGUGCCUUUCUUCAUGAUCAUCUGCCUCAUCAUGUUUUACUUCAUCGCCCUGGCCGGAGCACACAAGCGGGUGGUAGUCCAGCUCCGAGAGCAGCUGUCCCUGGUAAGGAAGAGCAGGUCCAGAGGGUCAUGGCUGGGGACGUCUGCCCAGGACACCGAAAGGACAGUGGUGCUUUCCCCAGGGAGAGGGGGGAAGGCCGUGGCCCUGCUCACCACCGCUUCCCAGAACUGCGUUCGGGCCGGGCCUUACAAUGUGUACAUUGAUCACUGCCUGCUGCUCAUACUGCACUGGGAGACAGUGGUGACAGAGGGAGCCGAGACUGCCAAACAGUCACAGAAAAACCACGAAUUCCAAUAGCAGGAGCCGCUCUGAAGGUAAUACGGACGAGGCAGGUAGAGAGGAGCGGCUCUCUGCUGCUGUAGAUGGUGGCCGCGGAGGGCCUCUUUGAGGAGGUGAUGCUGGAACUGAGACUUGAAUGAUGAGCCGAUUGUGGGAGGUCUCGGGGACGAGGGUAACAGGCAGAGGGGACAGCGAGGGCACUCCUGGGAGCCGGAGGACAGGUGCCAUGGCUGGAGGACAGGAGAGGCAAGAUGAUGCUGGAUUAUCAGCCGGGGUCACAGCAUAAGGUGAGGGCUUUGGUGACAAGUUUGGGUUUAAUUCUGAGUGUGAUGGGAAACCAACGAAGCGUGUUAAGUAGGAGUCUGAUGUACAUUUCUUUUUAGGAUUUAUUUAUUUAGAGAGAGUGUGUGUGAGCGAGUGGGAGGAGGGGCAGAGGGAGAGAGAGAGAGUGUCAAGCGGACGCCAUGCUGAGUGCGGAUCCCAGUUCUGGGCUCAGUCACAUGACCCUGAGGUCAUGACCCAAACGGAAACCGAGAGUCAGAUGCUCAACUGACUGUGCCAUCCAGGCGCCCCAUCAGUCUGACGUGGCCAAAAGACUACUGGCCACUUUGUGGACAAGGGAAUGUGGAGGGGCAAGAGGCAGACCAGUCUGGAGGCCAUUACCACCGUCCGGUGGUUAGGAUCCUUCACCCCGAGUCCGACAGGUAAUUGAUUAGGUUGAAAUGAUGAUAUUUGCUUCCGAAUAUAUUGAAUGUGCUCUUGCACCGAUUUCUAUCUUUAGGAAAGUCGUGACAAGCGUUACCUGAUCCAGAAACUGACAGAAGCCCAGAAGGAUAUGAAGAACCGACUGGAUUGGCAGUGAGGAUCCUGUCGCUUGU